AUGAUUGACGCCCAGGAACUUCGUCGCCGCUGGUCGGACAAGACCGAAGCCGUCUUCACCUCUGCGGACCUCAGCAACUACGUCGAAAUCCCCGCCCGCAACUAUGAGCGCACAUUCGACUUUCAGGGCUGCAAGUCCAUCGUUUUUCUCAAGGGCGAGCGCACCGGUACCGAAGAGGAUGUGAUCCUCAUGUCCCAGGGCACCGGCCGCAUGGUCCUUCCUGCCGGUGUGCAAGUUCUCGUCACCGACGGUUACACCAAGUGCAGCUCUAAUCCUACCGACGCCGCUCGUUCUGGCUCCACCGUCACCUCUUCCACCCCCAAGCCUGUCGCGGGUAAGGAUGACGGUUGGACUGUUGUUGCCCAAGCCGAUGGGUACUAG